CUUAUCUAUACCCCUUCUAUAAAGCACAAGUUUUAACACCAUCUUGAUCAGGACAUAUAAACGCUCACAUCUUCCAUUCUUGUUCAUCCCCUUUUGCGUUCAUGUCUUGCCUGAAUUUGAGGCUUCCACCAGCCAAGAAGGCAUGGAAGAGUUUCACAUCCAAGCUCCAAAGCAAACUGCAUAAACUCAACAAGUGCAAAUCUAUCACGAAUCCGAAAUAUCCAACCAAGAAUAUUAACAGCACUGCUUCUCAUAUCCUGUUUAAUCAGAAACGUGAUGGAAACAGGAAGCGGCUUGUAUACCGACCUCGUGCACUUCCUUUUAAACAACGAAGCAGCCGCUUAGGACAUGUCCACAAAAAAUCAGCACCUGUAUAUAUUGAUAAGCUCUUUCGAGAGCCUGUCAGUAGUUUUGAGUUGAUGACUAAGUAUCCGCCAACUCCAAAGACUAUGAAGAUUCUUGAUCACCAGGCAGCUACAGCUGUCGCGCCAGCAGGAACGAGCAUGGAAGAUGAGAUCAAUAGAGGGGAAAGAGGCUGUGCAGCGGAUGAUAUGUGGGAGUCGUUGGGAUUUGCAUCUCCUCAAAUGCAAGGAAUUGAUGAAAGAGCUGAGCGGUUCAUUUUGACAUUCCGGGCAGAGAUGGAGAUUCAGGAAACGAUUGAUUGUGAUUUAUAGCGAUGGUAGCUCAUAUAAUUGAGCAACUUGUCUUAAUAAUAUUUGGAUUUCUUUUGUUUGUAGUUGUUAGAAAUAGUGAAGGUUGAAAAUGUCUGUCUGUAUGGAAUGUCUGAUAAAUUAGAAGGCUCUCCGAGAUCCCUGUACU